CGCUGUUCCGUCCUAAGAAAAAAAAAAUCCAUUUACAGAUGGCUGAGUAGUCGUUGCGCUGCGAUUCCUAGAUGCUAGAUGCGACCACGAAAGCUCUGGCAGUUAAAGCUCAAUUCACAUAGGGGCUCAACAAUUAUUCCGACGAGCAAUUCGUUAUAAUGCCUCAUUCAGAGCCAGAAGGACCAUUGGUCAAGCGUCAGAAGCUCAAUUCUGUUGCGAAAUCCAAAUCAUCCACAUCGCAACAGUCUAGGAUAUUUGCUCCAUAUCGGACAAUCGGCCUCGUUUCUCCUACUAAUGUGCCCUUCACCUCUGUUCCUCUCGGGAAUACUACCUUCCAGGUUACAACAUCUAUAGGCCGCUCGCUCCAGACUUAUGACCUUAAACGCGGCCUCAACCUCGUCUUCAUAACUCGACCUCAGACGCCAAGUACCAUCACGGCGACAUGCGCUUGGAAACAGAAGGUAUUUGUUGCCUGGGGCGACUCCCGAGAAGGCUCCUCUCAGGGUAUAUGGGUUUUCCAGAGAGGGAAGAAAGUUGGCGAGUUAGAACUUCCCUCUGAUCUACACCAGCCCAUUAAGCAGAUUCUCGUUUUCGGAUCUUGGAUUGUUGCCUGUGGCUUGACAAGAAUAGAAGUAUGGAAGACGGCGACAUUGGAACACUAUACGACUCUUUUUACUAUGGCUUCGAAAAAGCUCGAUAACGAACUCACCGGAGGUAUAUGUACUAUGCCGACCUACUUAAAUAAGAUAUUCGCUGGACGUCGGAACGGAUGGGUUGAAAUCUGGAACAUCUCUACUGGAAAACUUAUCUAUACCAUCCUACCUCCAUCUCCAAGCUGUGGUGCUGUCACUUGCAUGCAGCCAACACCUGCACUUUCUCUAAUGGCUAUCGCAUACGCAGAGGGGCCUUUAGUUAUUCAUAACGUACUCACAGACAAGAAAGUGCUUGAGGUCAACGCAGGUACCGAGGAUGCGCCCGUGACUAGCAUUUCAUUCCGCACGGACGGUAUGGGCGCAGGCCAGGAUGGGCGCAAAGAUGGCGUUAUGGCGACAGCUACGCAGUCGAGCGGCGAUAUCACAUUUUGGGAUCUUAACCAGGGUGGUAGGAUUAUGGGCAUUCUUAGAAGCGCUCAUAACCCUCCGAUGCAGGAGGGGGCAUCGAUUCGCGGAGGUGUAAGCAAGAUUGAGUUCCUUGCCGGCCAGCCCGUCAUUGUUACCAGUGGUAGAGACAAUUCCUUAAAAACUUGGAUAUUCGACGAAACUCCAUUUUCGCCUAUACCACGAAUAUUACACACGAGGAGUGGCCAUGCUGCACCAGUCACCAGUUUGCAGUUCUUGCCGACCGAUUUUGAAGGUGCUGAAGCAGGUAAUAAAUGGCUCCUUAGUGGCGGUAGGGAUAGGAGUCUCUGGGGCUGGAGUCUUCGUCGAGACGGUCAAAGCACGGAAUUGAGUCAGGGCAAUAUACGCAAGAAGGCUAAGAAAUACGGAAUUCUGGACAGCAGCACCCUAAGCCGUGGUCCAACUACCACGCUCGAUGACUUAAAGGCGCCGGAGAUCACAUGCAUAGCAUGUUCUUUAAAUAGAGAUGGUGGCAUGGGUGCCGUGCCCGGGAAGCAGGUGUUGUGGCAAAAAUCUCAAACUCAAAAGAAGCCCAUAGAUGCCGAGAUUAGCGGUAUGACGGGUUGGGAGAGCGUGGUUACAGCACACAAGGACGAUCCGUUUGUUCGAACCUGGUUUUGGGGCCGAAAAAGAGCUGGAAGAUGGGCAUUCCAAACCGGCGACGGCGCAAACGUAUCAUCCGUGGCCAUGAGCCCAUGUGGGACCUUUGCUGUCGUUGGAUCUGUUGGCGGAUCUAUUGAUAUGUUCAACCUUCAAUCAGGACUACACCGCCAACGAUUUCCAUCCAAGCUCACACCGGCGCAGGCAAGACAAGUCAAAAUGCAGCAGUUAAGACAGGCGGAUACCGUUGUUCAGCUUCAAGCUCGAUCCGCAACUGGUUUUGCACCAGGAAUUGGAAAGCAUACGAAAGCAGUCACCGGGAUUGUUGUCGAUUCAAUGAACAAAUACGUGAUUAGCUGCUCCUUGGACGGCAAAGUAAAGUUCUGGGAAUUCCUUACAGGAAAUCUGCUUGAGGAAAUCAACUGGGCUCCGAUGACAGGAAUCAUAGGCUGCCGCUACCAUGCUGCAAAUGAUCUCAUAGCCUUUUCCUGUGACGACAACUCUAUUCGGGUCGUAGAUAUUGAGACGAAACAAACUAUUCGUGAAUUCUGGGGAUGCCAGGGCAGAAUCAACGACUUCAUUUUCUCUAAUGAUGGCCGCUGGAUAGUAGCAGCGUCUCAGGAUGCUAUAAUACGAGUUUGGGAUCUACCGACAGGUCACUUAAUUGAUGCUAUUCGAUCAGAGAAACCUUGCACCGCACUAGCCUUCUCAGCAACGGGGGAAUAUUUGGCUGCAGCCACUGAGGGAGAGUUGGGUGUUAACAUAUGGAAUAACAAGGCUCUCUUCACACACGUUCCAACCCGACAAAUAUCCGAAGAUUCAAUCAAGCAGAUAUCGGGACCGACGGCAUCAGGAGAAGGAGGCCAGGGCUUGCUCGAAGCAGCUUUUGAAGAGGCAGCCUCUCAAGAAGAUGAUGAAAUCACUGCACCUGGCGUGGAUCAGCUCAGUGCCGAUAUGAUGACGUUAAGUCUGGUUCCGCGAAGCAGAUGGCAAACACUGUUGCACCUGGACUUGAUUAAACAGAGGAAUAAACCAACGGAAGCUCCAAAAGCUCCAGAAAAAGCACCUUUCUUCCUGCCAUCAGCAACCAACACCGGCGCCUCAAAUCUAGACGCAGCCCAGCCGAACACGGACCAAGCUCAGAGUCAAUCGAGGAUCACUCGUUUCGAUCAGAACAGGGCAGAGCAAGUAUUCACGAAUAAACUGCAAGCGGGAGCUACUUCUGGGGAUUUUACCGAAUUCAUCGAGCAUCUUAAAUCUCUCUCUCCGGCCACGGCGGACCUGGAAUUACGCUCUCUGACAACUGGGGAUGAUGAUGAAACCAACGAGCUGCUUCAUUUCAUCCGCGCCAUGACCAGCCGCCUUGUGGCACGUCGUGACUACGAGCUCACCCAAGCCUGGAUGGCUGUCUUCCUUCGUCUACAUUUCGAUUUGAUCUUGGCGAGUGAUACCCUAAUGAGCGCACUGUCGGAAUGGAAGAAACAUCAAGCAGAGGAAUGCAAUAGAUUAGACAAUCUUGUUAGUUACUGCGGAGGAGUUGUGAACUUCCUGAGAAGCCCACGCGCAUGAUUUGGAAUUGCCACGUUAGAUAUAUACACCUAUAUUCAAAUAUGUACUUGGAAAGUCAA